AUGCAAGGGCAAAAUAGUAUUUUUGGGACUAUAGUACAGGCUGAAAGAGUUAUUCUGCAAGGGAUGGAGAAUGGGAUGGGUGGCUCACUGCCGGUGGAGAACGUGCAACAACUUGCUUCCAAGAAGCUGAAGGACAUUCCGCUCCGGUAUAUCCGACCGGAGCUCCACUCCGACGAAGUCUCCACCGACGAGUCUCUGCAGAUUCCGGCGGUCGACUUCGGCAAGCUUGAUCUCGGAACCGAUCAUGAAUCAGCAAAGCUUCAUGGCGCCUGCAAAGAUUGGGGAUUCUUCCAGUUGAUCAAUCACGGGAUAUCGGAAGCAAUCGAGGAGAUGAAAGCGGUGACGGAGGAGUUCUUCAAGCUGCCGCUGGAGGAGAAGAUGGAAUACGCGCAGCUAACGAACAGCAUUGAAGGAUACGGACAGGCCUUCGUGGUGUCUGAAGAUCAGAAGCUCGACUGGGGCGACAUGCUCUUCCUUAUUGCCCUGCCGCUUGCUCGCCGGAAUAUGAGAUUUUGGCCUGCCAAUCCCACCGCAUUCAGAUCAACGUUGGAUAGGUACUCGUCGGAACUGAAGAGAGUUUCAAUGAGGUUAGUGAAGGCCAUGGCUGAGAACCUUGGGCUGGAGCAGCAGGAUGAUCUCACAAGCUUGUUUGAAGAGUGCGUACAGGGAAUAAGGAUGAACUAUUAUCCGCCAUGCGAGCAUCAUGCAACCAAGGUUUCCGGCCUUUCUCCGCAUUCGGACGCCACCGGAAUCACCCUUCUGGUUCAAGUCAACCAAGUCCCCGGCCUCCAGAUCAAGAAAAAUGGCAAAUGGGUCCCCGUUAAACCCCUCCCCAAUGCAAUAAUCGUCAACAUUGGCGACAUAAUCGAGAUAAUGAGUAAUGGAGAAUACGGUAGCAUUGAGCACAGAGCAAUGGUGAACCCGGAAACGGAGCGGCUCUCCAUUGCCGGGUUUCAUAGCCCGACCAUGGCAGCGAUGAUCGGACCCCUCGCCGGACUGGUGAAGGAGUCGUCAGAGGGAGCCAAGUACAAGACAGUAAGCCAUGAGGAUUAUGUGAAAUUGGUGGUGAGGAGCAAGCUUGAUGGUAAAAGCCUGUUGGAGAAUCUCAGAACCACGUAGUAAUAAAGUUAAUAUAUAUGAAUAUCAU